UGGACUUUCUAAGUUAAUUGUUUCCAAUGUCAUUCCAUAUUCCAUACACCGUGGUCAGUUAAGACAAUUAUUGCUUUAAUAUUCUACUGGAAGAGCAACAUUUGUUUUGUGCGAUUCGGACACAUAUUUAAAUACUAAAGUGGAUGAGGAUUUUUUUCUAACGGAUUAAUUCGUAUAUGCUAUCAUUCUUUAAUAAACAUACAAUAUAGUGGAUGAGCGAUGUAUUCAACCGUGUCAUAACUAGACCCAUUAUGCUGCUGCUGCUCCGAGUGUCAAAAUGAGUUCUCCACCACUGAUCUUCUGUUGUCUACUGCUAGCUGCGGGCGCAGGGAGCGUUUACGUGGCGCAGCACGGGGGCGAGCUGUGUGUGCCUGCAAGCGCCACACCUGGGACAACUUUGGGCCGCCUGUACGCCUACCCUCAUGCCGACGACGACUGCCUGCUGGACUCCAUCAGGUACGAGCUGCUGGGGGACGACCAGAAUAUCGAUAUUAACACCACUUCCGGCUUGCUAUUCGUCAAAGACAGCUCCGCGGAGUCGAGAAAUGGUAAACUUGAGUUUCGGGCUAAAUGCUCGUCAGCCUCGGGAGAGGUCCGGGCCGCAAUCGACACACUGACUGUGAUGCGCCUCCUGACGUCACCACCGGAAGUUCGCGGGAAGCAGUGGGCAGAGGACGUUUGCUUUUCACACGUGAACGACGGCACGUUCAGGGUGGAGGAGAACGUAGAAGAUGUGGCACUAGGCCGCCUCAGUCCCUGUUGGCAGGACCCGCACAUCGCCCGCGUGUACGAGAUCGACUCACCCAAAAAGCGGUUCACCAUAGACCCGGUGACCACGGAACUUCGCGUCCUCCGUGCACUCGACCGCGAAUCUCUGCGAGUGCGAAUCACGGCCGGAGCCCCGGGCAACAUCACGGGUCAACAGCCGCUCCAGAUCAUGUGUACAGUCACCAUGGGCAACACCUCACUUCAGGUGACACGACGGCUGCGGGUAUCGGUGCUGGACGUGAAUGACAACCCACCCACCUACCAGGACGGCUCUCAGACGCGCACCGUCAACAUCGAGACGGCGGGGGCGGUGCUGGUGAACGGCACAAUAGUAGACGAGGACACAUUUCGCGCGCUGCGGGCACGCGUGCUCCACGAUCCCCAGGGACGCUGUCGCCCGAAGGCACUCUGCUACAACACGAGCCAUCUCGGCCACACAGCCUGCCUCCUGGGGGUAAACGUGAGUGGCGCUAUCUCGGCCGGGGAGAGCCAGUACCAGUGUGUGGUGGGGGUGGAGGACCCGGGAUUCAGGCCGCUGACAGGAUUUCCCUUCAAUGACACGGCAGUCAUGUUCAUUAACAUCCACCAGGGGUCCGCCCGCCCAAAAGUGAUGCAGCUUAGGAGCGCGGUCAUGCUGCAGUUCCCCCGGAACUCAACCAGGCUGGCCAGGGUACUUGAGGUUGGGGCGGACGUAAGUGGCGGUAGCGCCACAUGGCGUCUCCAGCACGACGUGUUCCGUGUGACGCCCAAGUAUGGGAUCGUCUACGUUAGAGACUCUUCCGUUCUGGCUACUUCAGACGAAAUGGUCAGAUUGCAGUUGACGCGAACUUCCGGUGAGGAAUUGACACUUGCCAUCCACCUAGUGGGAAAGGCCCGUACAGACAAUCACUGUGAGGAUGGAUGCUCAUUCCACAAGGACGCUUCUUCCUGUGCGCUCGGCUGUGGGGUCGGGCUGCGCGGCGGAACGUGUGAGAUGCGCGGUGCCGACAGUAAUGUCAUGACGGAGAAGUACGGCACGUGUACCUACAAUUCAAGUACGUGCCCAGACCGGAAGUGUGACGAGCUGGAGGAGAUGUUUCCGGCUCUGUGUCCACAGGACUGUAUAGCUGCAGGUUAUGUGUUAGGGGAGUAUCUACCCUUACGGCCCUUACAACCCGGGAUCGUGAAGGCCAAGGGCACGUGCUGGUGUGAUUGGGAAGAGAUAGACACGAGCACCACAUGCACAUGUCUACCUCGCUUGAAGCCAUUUGUGACAUCACUAUCCCCUGUUGACACCCCACCCGCUGAUCAUUCCACAAACGUCGAUGAUGUCACACAAUUACAUGACGUCACACAGAUUUCAAACCGCUCAACAGAUUAUUUCGUUGCGCAGGCCUCGCAGCAGGGGACGGUGGGCUGUGGCGGUGUGUGUGCCACCGGGAUUGGACUGGGCGCCGGCGCGUUCCUUCUCAUUUCAUUCUCCCUUUUCAUGAUAUGGUUCACCAAACGCCUCAACGACAAGCGCCAGGCUAGCAUGAAGCACGUGGGCAGCGUGACGUCACUUCCGGGACCACCGGUCACCGAGUACACAGAAGAGGAAGGGGUCAUCACGUACACAGUAGAGCAGUGGUCUCCCAAGCGCCAGAUAUACACGGCGCAAUCCCCGCCAUCGCAGCAGUUCAGCGAGGACGUGCGGUGGGAGAUAUCACGUGACAACCUCACCCUGGAACGGAACCUCGGGGAAGGAGAGUUCGGCCUCGUCGUCAUGGCAACACUGAACCCUAACUCAGGGGACGAAAACGGCGACAAGGUCGCAGUUAAGAUGCUGAAACACUGCUCUAGCCAGCUGGAGGAGGCGGAUCUGAGGUCAGAGUUCAACCUUCUUAAAGACGUCAGUCAUCCAAACGUCAUCAGGCUCAUAGGAGCCUGUACGUCCCCGGGUCCGUUCUACCUGGUUGUGGAGUUUUGUGAGCAUGGCUGCCUUCUCAGCUACCUCCGGCGAUCCCGGCUCCAGGAGAAUGGCUACAUCAACCAACAACACAUGUUCAAGUCUCCGGCGAGCCACGAACAGACGGACGCACAGUUGACGGGCGAUCUCCUGUUUACACGUGACCUCCUCUCAUUUGCGUGGCAGAUCGCGAAGGGCAUGACCUAUCUCAGCGAAAUCAAGCUUGUUCACCGGGACCUGGCGGCGCGGAACAUCCUGGUGGCUGGCAACCGCCACCUCAAGAUCUCGGACUUCGGGCUCACGCGAGACGUGUAUGAGGCGGACACCUACAUGAAGAAGAGCAAGGGUCGUAUCCCAGUGAAGUGGCUGGCUCCGGAGUCCCUGUACGCCCAGAUCUACACAACUAGGAGUGAUAUCUGGUCCUAUGGGAUCGUCCUAUGGGAGAUUGUGACGCUAGGUGCGCCUCCAUAUCCUGGCAUCCCCCCGGAGCGACUCUACAACCUCCUUAUGGGCGGCUACCGGAUGGACCGCCCGGAAAACUGCGCAGACGAAAUGUACGCUGUGAUGCAGAAAUGUUGGAAGAUAGACGCGACCGAUCGUCCGUCGUUCGCCUCACUCGCGAUCAUCUUCGACCGCAUUCUUCAGGAACAGACGGGUUACCUCGACUUGUCUCAAAUGGCGACGGCCGCCCCUGGUCUACAAACAAAAUCUACAAAAUUGAAACUGCAAGAAGCAGACCAGCAUUCAAGUUUUAAACACGCUCUUCAGAAAGGAGCAAUCCGAGCGGCGGAUGCUUGUCAAAAAGGAAUUAUUGAAGAUAAGCACGCGCCGACUGUAUGCAAUGACUUGUACUCGCCGGAUGCAUAUCUUUUGCCGUUGUCGCGGCGCGUGAGGCGGAGGGAGGACAAGGGCGACGGGGACAGAGAAACGUCCAACCAGAUGACGCCCCUGCUAGACAUCGCCGGCAGCCCCGAAUCUUUCCGGACAAAAACUCGCCAAAACAGUUAUAGUGUUCCCGAACCGGAAGCUGACACAGGCUUCCGCCGGAAGUCAGAUUCCUGUAUUUUACCAGGCAGAACAAGCCGCAGUAAACAGACAGUGUAUCCAUGUGAAGGUGUGACACUCCUUCCCGAUGUCACAUUUCAGCAGGAAACCACCACAUGCUGACGUCACAUUGCAUAAGGAACUCAUCACCUGUUGACGGUCCAGUGCACUUGAAAUAACUGCCUGCUGACAUCACUGUGCUCUCGGAAUCCAUUGCCUGCUGAUGUCGCAGUUCAGAAGGAAUCCACCACCUGCCGACGUCAAAGCGCACGAUGAAACACUAUCUGCUGACGUGACAGUUUACCAGAAUUAAACUGGGUGCUGACAUUACGGUGCUCCAGAAAGCCACCACCUGCUGUCGUCACAGUACACGAUGACACAUUGCCUGCUGACACCAUACUUCCACUUGAUGAUAUCACAUCUGUUAUUUUACUCUAAAGCUAGUUGUUUAUUCUUCUCUCCGUUGGUACAACUGGAAGAAUGCGGCUAUAAUGAAAUUGUAAUCAAACUUCUACGAAAUACCGGUGGUGACAUUUCAAAUUCAAUAUUUCAUUAUUUUAUUUUCACAAAUUCACGAUUUCAACAUCACGAAUGUAUGAUUUCACGAUUGUAACUUCACGAUUUCACGAGUUAAACUUCACUUUUUCACGAUUUCUCAUAUUUAAGAAUUCACGAAAUUGUGAAGACGUGACAUUGUUAAGUUAAAAUCGAGAAAUCUUUGGUAUAGUUGAAAUCAUUAACUUGUGAAGUUAAAAUCAUCAAUUUAUGAAGGAGAAAUCAUGAAAUAUUGAAUUUAGAUGGUCACAACCUUUCUUUCGUAAAUUUCGUUUUUGGUUGUGCUUAUACAUAUCUCUGGAAAGGAACUGCUCGUUUUCCCAGAUUAGUGAUACAAGGUUAUGGGUGUGUUUAGUACUGUUUACAAACUGUUAUAAGGACAGAGAUAUUUAUGACUUACUUUUUAGUAAAAAGAUGCCAUUCGAAGGUUGUGACACAAAUGAAUGAUACAUUUUUGAUCAACAAUCAGUUCGUCAAAUUAUCGGAGAAAGAAGUCACAUCACAAAAAUUGCACACUUGCAAAGCCAGGCCCAUAACCCAGGCGUUUAUAAGUUUUGCCUUUUGCUGACUGAAAAAAAUAACUGAAAUUUGUUAUUUUGAUUUUAUUACUGGCAUUUUGUCUCAAAUGCGUUGUUUUGUAAGGAUCAUAAUGAAAAAUGCACGAAAAUAUUUAAAAAUUGGAACGGUUGUCUGCCUUGUUUCAAUAAAACAGAGAAGUCAAGCUAUGAUACUGUUAAAGUAAGAUUUCAUUGGCAACAUCCAUUAGUCAAAAGGUACAUUCAGCUUUCGACAUAGUUGCAAUAUAUGAUAGAACUUAUCUCUUUUUCAAUUGCAUUUUUGAUAUUCAAGUCAGUGAUAAGGCAGACUUAUAUUUCGCGACUUACUCAUAUGUACUGACGAUGACAUUCCUGUAUUUUCUCCAGAAGGAAACUGGGUUGCCUUGGACAUGUAUUUUUAUUGUGAUCUAAUUAAGAGUGUUUUGCAAUAUUUAAGUUUUUUCCUGAUUUGUUAUUCCUUUUCUGACUUAUUCCAGUUUCGUGUUCUUUGAUUGAAACGUGUAAUUGUUAAAAUAAAUACUCAGAUCUGUCGGGUGAAUACAGUUGCAAUACGAUCAAUCGCAUGGGGCGUGGCUUUAUAGUAUAUAACUCCUUCAAUAACCUGUCACGUUUAUUACUUUUUCAAGCCUCCCUGUAAACCAUUUAUUUCCCUCCAAAAAUGUAACUUAAGUUUCUAUCACGAAUAAAUUGAUCGGCCGGUAUU